AUGUCAAACCGCCUGGCAGUGUUCGCGGUAGUGGUCGCGGCCCUCUCCCUCCACACAGUCUACUCCCCCGUCCUCACAUCCCUUCCUUCACUCCUCCUUGGCCUUCUUCUCGGACUUGUCGUUGCAGAAACAUCCCUCGCCAGCCCCAUCCAAGAACUGUGCGGCCUCACCUCCCGACACCCCGACAAGGUCGGUCUCGAUGUCAUCCAUGCUUCUGAAAAAGGGGAAGGAAAGACGGCAAAGAAGCAAUUGGAUCAGAGGGUCAUGUACGGUCUGCAGCACGCGUUCCUAAACUUGGAAGUGACCGGUUGGUGGUUCAAUAUGGGUCUUUGGGAUAAGGAUAAAGUGCCCGCGAUGCGGUUCCAGGAUGCUUGCAAGGCCCUUGUUGACAAGGUGACAUCUCACCUUGAUAUCACCAGUUCCAGUCAUAUCCUCGAUGUCGGCUUUGGAUGUGGAGACCAGGAUGUGUAUAUGGCGCAAGUUCACAAGCCAGCAAGGAUCACAGGCAUCACCAUAGAACCGAUCCAACACCACGCAGCUCAAGACUUAGUCAAGCGUACACCUACUCCCGGAACAGACAUCAACCUCUAUGUCGCCGACGCCUCCAAGCUGCCCCAAUUCCUCGAAUCCACUCCCAACCUCUUUGCCUCCACUACUCCCUCCAGCGACCGUUUCUUCUCGCAUGUCAUCUCCAUCGAUUCAGCAUACCACUACAACACCCGCGCCGCGUUCCUUAAAAAUGCUGCCCAAGUCCUUGCACCCAACACCGGUCGUCUCGCCCUCGCCGACAUGAUCCUCGCAAAACCCGCGCCCACCUCUGGGUUCGGCCUGUCGAUCUUCAAGACGGUCUUUGGUGCUAUGGAAGUACCUCCUGUUAAUAUGAAAAUGAUGGACGAAUACCGUCAGGAUUUGGUCGAUGCUGGGUUUGUGGAUAUCGAGAUUGAGUGUAUUGAGGAGAGGGUCUUUUCGGGACUGGCAACUCAUAUCGAGAACCAAACCAGCCGGUUUGGAGGGAUGGUUGGGCCAGGUGUCAAGUGGACUUAUUCGGCGCUUGCCAAGGGUCUUUGGUGGUUGGACCGGUCGAAGUGGUUGCACUUUGUCGUCGUCAAAGCCCGCUACGGACCCCCUCCUUCUUCUUAG